GCUCUAACGUUUGGUCCUGGAAUCUGGGUCAGAGUGGGAGACGUGUCUGCAUUUUCAUCUUUGCAGAGCUCCGCCCCGUUAGCGCUGCGUUUCCACUGCUAGCCCAGGCUGAUAGCUGGCUGCCGGGGUAAACAUGGCCAUGUCGCAGGCUCUGUCUGAGGAGGAGUUUCACCGCAUGCAGGCUCAGCUGUUGGAGCUUCGUACGCAGAACUACCAGCUGUCAGAUGAUCUCAGGAAGAACUCUGCAGAGCUGGGCGCUCUGCGGCAGAAAAAUGUGCUUCUGGAGAGAGAUUUUAUCAAAGCACAGAAGGCUUUGAAUAAAAGCAAAAAAGCUCAGGAAGUGGACGCUCUGCUGAGCGAGAACGAGAUGCUCCAGGGGAAGCUGCACAGUCAGGAGGAGGACUUCCGGCUGCAGAACAGCACGCUCAUGACGGAGCUGUCCAAGCUCUGCACGCAGAUAGAGCAGCUGGAGAAGGAGAACCGGGACUUGAAGGAAGAAGGAGGAGCUUCCAUAUCCAGCCCACCCCCCAGCUCCACCUCCAGCCCUAUGGACGGAGAAUUGCUGCGUCUCCAGGCCGAGAACUCCACCCUGCAGAAGAAAAUGAAAGCUCUCCAGGAGCACUUCGACAGGGAGCUGCAGAGGCAGACGGUCACCCACGGCAACCAGCAGGACGCCACGGAGACCGACGGGUCAGCCGGCGCCAAUGGCGUGUCUGAUGGGAAUGGGGAGCGGUCGGCGGCCGACGGGUCUGGUGAGAGGGGGGAAAAGAUCCAGAUCCAGCACAGAGACACAGAGCUGCACGCGCCCUCUUUAGGCCUGUCAGAGAAGAGCAUAGAGAGGAGUGUAGGUAAGCAGGCAGCGCUAGGCUGGUCGGCUGCACUCUGUCCAAUAACUCACUGCUUUGGACCAGAACUGGAGAUGGCUCUGAACACCGAGCAGGAGGAGAAGAGGCUGCUGAGGGAGCAGAUCCGCAGUCUGGAGGUGUCCAAACAGGCUGAAGUCUCCAAACUCCAAGAAGAGAUGAUGAAGCUCUCUGACAAGCUGAAGAAGAAGCAGGAGAGUUUUCAGCGCCUGCAGGCGGAGAAGGAGGUCCUGUACAACGACAGCAGGACGAAGAUCGAUGAGAUCAACCAGAGGAAAGAAGAGGAGCUGAAGGCUCUGAACACGUGCAUGCAGAAGCUGCAGACGGACCUGACGGGGGCCAAUCGGACCACCGUGGAGCUGAGAGAGCAGCUGCAGAGCCGAGACCGGGAGCACCAGGAGGCUCUGCACAGCCUGAAGGACCAGAGCGCAGUCAGUCAGGAGCAGGUGGAGAACAUUCUGCAGGAGAACGAUGCUCUGAGGACAAACCUAGCUGCUCUAGAACAGAUCCAGACGGUGAAGACGCAGGAGAUGAACCUCCUUCGAGAGCAGCAGGAGGCGCUGACGGCCGAGCUGCAGCAGCGGCGGGCCGACCAGGAGGCUCUGAUGGCGCAGAAAGAUGACCUCAACUCUCAGCUGCAGGAGAUGAGCUUCGCCAACAGAAAGCUGCUGGAGCAGUUAACAGAAGAAGGGCUGGAAAAGGAGAGGCUGCUCAGAGAACUGGACGAGGCCAAGAAGACCGCCGAGAAGAGGAAGGCCAUGCUGGACGACAUGGCCAUCCAGCUGAUCCAGGAGAAGUCUGACCACAAGGAGGCGCUGUCUGACCUGAAACUGCAGCAUGAGAAGGAGGUUCUUGCUGUCAGAGCUCGCUACGAGAAGGAGCUCCGAGGACUUCAUGAAGACAAGAACCGCUCUGAGGAGGAAAUCCGACAGCAGCUGCGAGAUGAAAAGGCUCGAACGAAGGAACUGGAAGGUUUGCAGCAAAGGGUGGAGGAGCUGCAGGCUCAGCUUCAGUCGAUGGAGGGGACCAGAGGAUGGUACGAGAGACAGCUGAAGGAGGCGGAGGAAAACAUGGAGAAGGCGGCUCUGCAGCAGCAGCAGCAGACGGAGGAGCUGCGGAAAGAUCACACACUACAACUACAGGAGAAGCAGUCGCAGGUGGAGGAGGUGAAGCAGCAGCUGGAGGAGGUGAAGAAGCAGAGGGAUGAAAACGGCGACAUCAUUGAGACGCUCAGACAGGAGAUCAAAGACACGGUGGACGGUCAGAGGAUCCUGGAGAAGAAGGGCAGUGCGGCGCUGAAGGACCUGAAGCGGCAGCUGCAGCUGGAGAGGAAGAGAGCAGACAAACUGCAGGAGAGACUGCAGGAGAUCCUGACCAACAGCAAGACCAGGACAGGUCUUGAAGAACUGGUUCUGUCAGAGAUCAGCAGUCCCAGCCGGACCCAGCAGACCGGAGACUCGUCCUCGGUGUCCUCCUUCUCCUACCGGGACAUGAUGAAGGAGACCCCAUCCUCCAGCCAGAACAAGUCCGGAGGCGGCAGCCCUCAGUCGCAGCGUCCCGCAGAACUCUCCGACGACGAGGUGGGCGAGCUGUUCCAGCGGCUCGCCGAGGUGCAGCAGGAGAAGUGGAUGCUGGAGGAGAAGGUGAAACACCUGGAGGUGAGCUGCUCCUCUAUGGCAGAGGACAUCUGCAGGAAGAGCGCCAUCAUCGAGACGUACGUGAUGGACAGCCGCAGAGACGUGUCCAGCAGUGCAGUCGGAGCUCACGGAGGCUCUCAGGGAGACAGAGGAGGUCUGGGUUCGGUCCUCAGAGAUCUGGUCAAACCAGGAGAUGAGAACCUGAGAGAGAUGAACAAGAAGCUUCAGAACAUGCUGGAGGAGCAGCUGACCAAGAACAUGCACCUGCAGAAGGACCUGGAGCUCUUGUCCCAAGAAUUAGUCCGACUCAGUAAGGGCAGCAGUCCUGGAGGCAGCACAGCCGGCUCUGGAUGAGACUAUCUCCUGGAUCCGUUCCAUCUCGUUCUUCUCUCUCAGCACUCCUGUCCCACUCCCUGCACUCAUCUGCUGCUGUGGGGUCAGUCUACGUUCUGAAGCUGAUCUGCUUUCACUGCUUCAGUCAAACAUUUCGGACGUGACAAACUGCUGGACUCUGACACGAGGAUGUGAAACGUCUCCGUGUGGAGAGGAAGCUGAAGGUGCCGGAUGUCCUUCAUUCAUGUGAUGAUGCUGAAUGUACUUUAAGUAGACUGCACCGGUCCAGGAUUUAGACACUUUUCAUGACUGACUGUAACUCCUCACCUUGUCUUAAAAUGUGUUUUGAUGGAGCCGGCUAUGUCCUGGAGUGUGUUGUCUGGUCUCUGUGUUCUUUCUGCAGCAGAUUCUCAGGGUGUGUCUAUGACCUGGAUUGGAACGUAGACCUAAACUCUUGCGCCCUUUCCCUUCACGCAACAGAAAACACUAUUGCAUGGAAACGGUUCAGUUACCAUGUGACCAGAUUCUUGUAAGAUUGUUUCCAUGGUAACUGUCGUCUGUUGUAGUGCUUCACAGAUGUUCACUAAAUGAGUUCUAAACCCAGGACUAAUGAUGCAGAGCUGCUGUCGGGUCUGAAGGAUCCGGUUCUGUCACUACUGCGGCCCAGAGGGAGAAACAAAAUCCGAUUCCUGUGAUUCCUGUGACCUGAAAGAGAGGAACGAACACAUUUAGUCUGUAAAGUUACGCUCUGGCGUCUGUCGCACUGAUAGAAUCGACUGAAUAGGAACCCAGCCGAGUUCUGCUCCUCUGACCUGACCCUGGAGAAACCUCAGCUUUUAAACAGACUAGUUAGAUUAAAAACACUUCUACAGUCCAGCUCAGAUCUGACGUUAGCCUGCACCCUUUCCUCCUCCGUUCUGAGUCGUAAACAUUCAGAAGAAAUUAGCUUUCAGGUGAACCUUGUUGUCAGUGUGUGUUGGGCUAUGUCUAUAUCCCGGAGCCCACCAGUCUUCCAUGAUUGUAUUAAACUUGAGCGAGGCUCAGACCGCCGUCCGGCUCCGGUCCUCUCCGAAAGCGGGAGUCUCACCUGACGCAUGUCUGCGGUCUUCCUGUCCUUCAGACGUUUCCCGUCCAGGUGUGAGAACAUCCACGGAGCGUGGAGCUGACCUGUGACACACAACGGCUUCUUAAAGCUGUCCAUGCUCAGUGCUAGGCUCUGUCUAAAGCUGGGGUUUCAUGAACUCUAAACGCUCUUGCACUACUUUGUGUAUUUAAACACUUUCGAUGUUCCAGACAGAAACAGAAAAUCAGCUGUUUAGAUGCAGCUCCCGGCCGGGUCUACUUCCUGCUAUCCUUACAACUGAACAGCGACUGCACUUCUGCCUGCUCUGCCUUCAUUCAUGGACCUCUCUGUGGGCUCAGACUACGCCUUGGACUCGAUGCCUGUAACAGCCGUGUUUUCAGUUUGCACCACCUGCUUUUUUUUGUGAUCCAAUCACCUGUUCUGACAGAAAAAGAUGAAUAUUUUACAAAUAAUCUUUUAUUUAAAAGACUUUUUGUUUUUAUCGUCCAUGUCUGUACAUGCUGUGAGAUGACUUGUAAAUGUGCAAAGAUUCCCUCCUAUAUUUAUGUCUGACAACGCUAAUUAUUGUAACUGAAGAAACAUAAAGUUCUGUCUGAAACGGA